AUCAAGGCAUUUAUUUCUAUUUAUAAACGCCGAUCGCCGACACGAUCGAGCGAGCUCGCGUGCAAGUCUCAGGCGGCUGGCUGGCUAGGGUUUCCUCUUGUCUCUCCCCUAGGUCUGUCAGACUUGCAGCACCCAAAAUGCCUCGCUAUGAUGAUCGUUAUGGUGGCACACGUCUAUAUGUUGGCCACCUGUCAUCACGUACUCGUUCACAUGAUCUUGAAGACCUCUUCAGCAGAUAUGGCAGAGUACGAGAUGUGGAUAUGAAGCAUGACUAUGCUUUCAUUGAAUUUAGCGAUCCUCGGGAUGCAGAUGAUGCUAGAUACAGCUUAAAUGGGAGGGAAUUUGAUGGGAGUCAUAUUAUUGUGGAAUUUGCGAAGGGGAUUCCACGUGGUUCUGGAGGAUCACGUGAGUAUCUUGGAAGAGGCCCUCCACCUGGUUCUGGCAGGUGCUUCAACUGUGGCAUAGAUGGGCAUUGGGCUCGAGACUGCAAAGCAGGUGAUUGGAAGAACAAGUGUUAUCGCUGUGGAGAAAGAGGCCAUAUUGAAAGAAACUGCCAUAACAGUCCAAAAACUCUCAAACGUGGGAGAAGCUAUUCACGAUCUCCAUCCCCUCGCCGUGGUAGGAGCCGAAGCUAUAGUAGAAGCCGCAGUUAUAGCCGAUCUAGGUCUCCUGCUCCUAGAAGAGAUGGGCGGAACACAGAACGGGAGGACACAAGGUCAAGAAGUCCUGGUUAUGACAGGAGUCCAAGGUCAAGAAGUCCAAGGUCAAGGAGCCCAAGGUCAAGGAAGAGCACAUCUUCACCUAAGGGGAGGAAGCAGAGCCUUUCACCCGACGGUAGCAAGAGCCCACGAGCGAGCCGGAGCCCCUCACCUACGGAACGAAGGGAGGUUGAGCGCAACGGAUCAAACUACAAUGAGAGUCCUGUGAGGGAGAACAGCAGGAGCCCAAUGAGUCAGGAUCGUGAUAACUCUCCAGUGGGUGGAGGGUAUCAGAGCCCUGAGACGAACCGGCGGAGCCCUAGUCCCAAGGACGAUAGGGACGAAGAUGGACAUGCUUCUCCCAGAGCUAGCGAGUCACAGGACUGAUCUGGAUUCAGUAGUUAAACAGAACUCUGUUAGUAGUAAAUUCCAUAAACGAGAGAUGUCUUCAAGGACAAUUGUCGGUGUCGGAACUUAUAAUUGUGUGAUUUGUCUUAACUAAUUUGCUAUACUUUUAUA